AUGCAGGUGCCGGAGAAUGAGAGAUUGCGGGCUGGUGGAUGGGUUCAGUCGUUCUGCAAAGCGUGGAAUUUGAAGGAGCAUCGCCGGCAUGGAGAGGCUGGAUCGGUCGAUCUGGAAGCUGUUGAACGCGAACAUGCUCGCAUCUCUGUUCUACUCAAGGAGUAUGAUGGAAAGGAUAUUUUGAACUUUGAUGAGACCGCUUUCUUCCCGUUUGCACCUCCGGGUCGUGGCCUGUCCACGGAGCAGAUGAGCGGCAAGAAAAAGGACAAAUUCCGCAUCACUCUUGGAUUUCUCUGCAAUGCAACUGGGACCGAAAAAUUUCCCAUCUUCUUUAUCGGUCGGUUCAAGAGUCCUCGAUGCUUCAAACACCGAGAUCCUGAAUCCCUCGGCUUCUAUUACUGGAACAAUAAAAAGGCAUGGAUGAAUGCAGAGUUAUUCGAGGAGUGGGUUACAUUCUUUGCUUCCUCUCAUUCCCCUGGAAUUAUUCUCACUUGUCACUUUUAG